CAGAUUUGCCAAUAGACUGACUGUGCCGAUCGGAGCAUACCCCCCACACUGCAAACAGGGCAGUGGUGACGAAACCCACUCAAGGUGGAGACACACACAUUACAAACCACGUGGUUGUGGCGCCAAAGCUCGAAACCCUCUCGUAACUGGUUCCCUCCUUAGCUCUUUACUUAGUUUGCAAUGGAGCAUUCAGGGUCUGCUCAGGCUUGUCCGCAGGAUGCUUCCGUCGAUGCCGUCGGCGAUGUAAACAUCACGAAGUCUCAGGAUGCAGUUAUAGCUGAAAUUAGUGAGCAGUAUGUGGAGGAGGCCAGUACUGCAGAGGUGGGUAAAAGGUCCGCAGCAACUGCAGAGUCUGUGCAAGGUGCGUCAGUCGACCCUGCCAGUGUGCAGAUUGCUGUGGGAGGAAUUGGAGAUGUUCCUGGAAUCGUGCAUCAAGAGUUGCCUUUGGAAAGGUUUAAUAGCUUAAGUCAAAGAGACGGCUACGAAAGCAGGGAGGCUUCCAAUGGGACCGGCCUCUAUGGCUAUGAUGAGAAGGAAGAACCAGGUCCAACGGCAGAAACCAUCUAUCGAACUGAGGAUGCACUGGAAGUAUCUAAAUGUGAGGAAAAAAAUAAUAGCUCUGACGCGCUUCAAAUGGAGGAGGUAUCUAAUGAAGCUAGAUCCAAAGUAGAGCAACGUCCCGCAUUAUCUGGAAAUGUGGAUGUCCAGAAGCCACCUCUGCCAGAGGAAGCUAGGUCUCUUUCUAAAAGUGAUCAGAAAGUAUUAGGAAGACAGGAACGGUAUAAGCAGACAAAAUUACAAAAGAGGGCACAAGAUAAAGCAAUGAGACAUCAAGAAACAGAGAAGAAGCGGAGAGAGUGGCAGGAAAAGCUCGCGAACCUUUCGGAAGAUGAAGUUCAGAAAGCAAAAGAAGAGAGAAUGGGGUUGAGGGCUUCUCGCAAAGAUGAACGUAAAGUGCGAAAGGACAAGCUUAUUCAAGUCAUGGCAGAUGGGCAGAAUAUUGUCAUUGAUCUCGAGUUCGUUGAGAAUAUGAAACCAAACGAAAUCUCGAGCUUAUGUCAACAGGUGGUGCACUCCUAUGCUGCAAAUGGAAGGGCUGAAGUUCCAUGUCGCCUGUCAUUAACAAGCUGUACUAGCACUGUUCGGGAACAGUUGAAGAUGCAUUAUGGGUUUGAGAGUUGGCUUCUGCACAAGGAAUAUAAAUCUUACAUUGAUGUUUUUGAGGGUAGGAAAGAGGACCUUGUAUAUUUGACAGCUGAUUCAGAGACUGUUUUAGAGACUGUGGACAAGACCAAAAUCUAUAUUGUGGGUGGAUUGGUCGACCACGAUCGAUGGGAUGGAAUCGCUGCUGAGAAAGCAAAAAACCAAGGUAUCUCUACUGCAAAGCUUCCAAUCGACAAACACAUGCUAAGCUCUCAGGUCUUGACGGUGGAUCAGGUGGUCGACAUCUUACUACAGUUCAUGAAUAUAGGAGAUUGGGAAAAGGCUGUGUCAACAGCUAUCCCACCCCGAAAAAGAGUUGCUUCUGACCCACUCGAGGGUGCGUCAAAGCAAACCAAGUGUGACUCGGACCAAAUGUCAUCGAAGAGAGGAGAUUCAGCUAUGGACGCGAUGUCUGAAGUAGGAGAUGAACCCAUGGCUAAUGAGCUAGCAAGAGAAAUGAGCAUCGUUGACUCAGCAUCUCAAUCGGCCAGUUUUUCUGAGUCCUCCGUCGACGGUCUCAAGUCUUAAAAGACACUCAUGUAGUUUUAGAUUUUAGUUUAGGAUCUUAAAUUUUAAUUUUUAACACUUCAUGAUUUGGUUUGUAUUUUUACCUAGACACUCGUAGAUUAAAACACAUCGAUAUACGGCAUGCUACACAGGGGCAAUGACAUUUUAGGACCCUGGAAGCACCCAGCUUGCUGAAUCAACGUUGUAAUCGAACUUCUCUGUAAUUUCUCGCAUUCUGUGCUACAGUUCUUGUAGCAUUUGCUAAGUAGAAUGCACAAAAAAGAGCUUCUUAUGCAUCU